AUGAGGCGCGAGGACGCGGAGAAGUGGCACGGAAAAGGGGACCUGAUGCAGUCCAACUUUGUGCGUGAGACCUUGUCCCUGCCGACCAUGGACAAGGCCAGCUGCCUGUCCAUUGGCCACGGCCAGAUCAGCGAGAGGAGCUUCUUCGAGCUGCUGCAGGUGAAUUCGGUGCGAGUGCUCUAUGACUUUAGGCACAGCGACCACCGGGGGGACGUGCACUCGCCCUGCGAGCAUUUCUCCGUGCGGGCGCUGAAGUCCAGCUGCCGCGUGCGCGGCCUCGCGUACAAGCACGUGGCCCUCGGCAGGGAGACAGCCUAUGGGAUCUUGAAACACGUCAAGACAGACGAGGCGCAACACGCCCUCAUCGAGCUGGUGUGGCACGCGAAGCGUGGCGGGACGUGCUUCCUGGGUUUUGAUCAGGAUUGGCGCCUCGAUCGGCGCCAGGUGAUCGCUGACGAGGUGGUGGCCGCCGGCCACAGCGUGAAGCAUAUCAACUCCACAGGCAGCACGGAGGACCAUGACCCACACCGGAAACUCCCGGAUUUCAUCGUCUCGGAGGAGGAGCGGCUCCGGAAGUUGGAGCAGCAGCGCAGGGCCGGGGAGCUGCUGCGCCCCGAGAAGUCCGCGGUGGACCGCUCCUCCGAGGCAGUGGCAUCUCAGCUGAUGCGGCCCAGCAAGGAGAUCGACGCAAUGGACGAGCUGCGGGCGGCUGCGAACCAAGUCGAACUGGAGCGCGCCCAACGAAACCUCGCACGCUUGCAGAGGUUGGGGGACAAGCACGGCGCGCUGGCGCACAAAGUGGUGAAAGCGGCGCCGCAGUGGGUCCUGGAUGAAGCCAGGCAGCAGGAAGAAUGGAUCGCCAAGAAGAAGGCCGAGAAGCUGGAGAAGGCGGAGAAAGCGGAGAAAGCACCUGACAGAAGACAAGAAAGUGAAGCCACUGAAGCCUUGGACGAGGAGCUCUCCGUGGAAUGCUCAAGGUGUGGGGUCCUACGCCCCUGGAGCCAAUUGGCCGAAGGAGAUGGCGUUUGCAAAGAGUGCUGGGCUACAUCCGGAGAGGGUGAUGUCACGCGCUCGAGGUGCUGCUCCUGUGAAGCAGAGCUGCCAAAGGAUUGGCUGGACCUUGGUGCCUGCCCAGCUUGCAUCACAUCCGCCAGCGAGAGCUGUGCCAGCACAGUAGCCACAGAGGCUGAGGCUGAGAGUCCCCAGCGCGAUGGCGACGCGAAGGGCUGGCGUGCGAAGCGCUUUGCAAAGUACUCCCCAGAUGCUUGA